AUGGCGCAAAUAAGAGGCACUGCAGGCUACAAUCUGGGCCUGAACAACCAGUUCGGCUCUCAACGGAGCGACAAUGCCACCAACGACCCCAGUCCACUCGACCAGAUCCGAGAACAGACGAGCAAAAUUGAGGACUGGUUGAACACGAUGGGCGAGCCGCUGAAACCAUACCUGCCCGCCAUCGGUAGAUUCCUCAUCGUCGUGACAUUUAUCGAAGACGCAGUCAGAAUCGUUACUCAAUGGAACGACCAGCUCAUAUACUUGAGGGAUUUCAGACAUAUCCCCUGGGGCAUCACCCACCUGUUCCUCAUCUUCAAUGUCAUCACCAUGUCAGUCUGCUCAACACUUGUGAUCAUGCGCCGCUAUGGCGAGUACGCCGUGGGCGGUCUGUUGUCCGUUGUGGUUGUCCAAGCUCUCGGCUACGGCCUCAUCUUCGACCUGAAUUUCUUCCUGCGCAACCUGUCCGUGAUCGGCGGUCUGCUCAUGGUUCUUGGAGACAGUUUCGUCAAAAAGAGGGUGUUUGCGGGCCUACCGUCAAUUGAUGAAAAGGACAAGAAGAUGUACAUCCAGCUCGGGGGCCGAGUCCUCUUGAUUUUCCUCUUCAUCGGAUUCGUCUUUGCUGGCGAAUGGAGCGUCUGGAGAGUCCUGGUCAGUCUGAUUGGAUUCGUGGCCUGUGUGAUGGUGGUAGUAGGAUUCAAGGCCAAGCUCAGCGCUAUCAUUCUGGUUCUCUUGCUCAGUGUCUUCAACGUGCUGGUCAACAAUUUCUGGACACUUCAUAAGAACCAUCCACACAAAGACUUUGCCAAAUACGACUUUUUCCAAAUCCUGUCCAUCAUGGGCGGUCUCUUGUUACUGGUCAACAUGGGUCCCGGUCAAUUGAGUGUGGAUGAGAAGAAGAAGGUCUACUGA